GUUGUAUUAAUAGAACGCUUCCCUGAACAUUUCAAUGAAGAUCCAAAAAAAUAUAUUCUUGGUAACAAAUAUUUGAGAAAUAUAUGUAUUUAUCGAUUUAAAAUGAUUUUAAAGUGCUUUAUAUUGGCAACAGCACUGCAGGUAGUUACAUGUAUAAGUCUUGCAAACGAAUUGAACUCAAAUGGAAAACUUUCAAUGAAUCAAAGAAAAUGUCCUUUGACUUCUGAUUUGAUGGGACCAACUGUUGGUACUGAUAAAACUACCAGUAUAUAUGAAAAUUAUUUUCCAGAUGUCAUAUAUCCUACUUGUAUAUUAGAUAUCACUGAACCAUUCUACUACAUAGCCAAUGGUUAUGACGAAGUUCUUGGGCCUUUUGAUGAUGAUGUAAAAUCUGCCUAUAGAUGUUUAAGUUCCAAUAAUAAGAAAACUAAAACGAAUAAUUUACCAAAAAUGUUUGAAGACGAAAGAGUACAAUGUAUGCCAGUUACGCCUUCUCCACUGAGUAACAAGAAUAAUACAUGUGAACAAAACGAACAAAAAUCUUUAUUGUAUAGCAAUAAAGAAUUUAAAGAUAUUUGCCGACGGAACAACGAUAGCAUUUGUUCAGAGGAUAUAAUAACAAUUAAUGAACGUAAUGAUACUGAAACAUAUGGAUACUGCGAAUUUAAUGACAUACCAUUGAUAUCUUCAUUAUAUAAUGAGAGUGAAACAGAUAUUCAAAAUUGUGAUUUACUUGAAUCUACAGAGUAUGAAAACUUAACUAAUAAUGUUUGUAAUGGUUCGGAUGAAAUGACCGAAACGAAAAAAUAUUCAUUACUUCAGAACACGACAUCAGAUGACCGUCAUGUACUAAUAAAAGUUAAAAUUAAUAUUGAAUUAUCUGAAGUUCCCGCACAACAUAAUGUCAAUUCAACAAGAGAAAAAUUGAAGACAUUCCCUUACGAAAUACUUGAAUAUAUUUCAAGUGGAGAAAACGAAACGUUCUUAAACAAAAGUACAAAUAAAAAUUACUCAGCAGAAGAAACAAGUGUAUUUCCAGAAGAUAUAUUGAAUAUUUUAUUAAAUAGUUCUAAUCAUACUGAUUUAGUAUUUACUGAACUUAUUACUGAACUCUCAUCAGAAUCUUCUGAAGAGAGUGAGAAUAUCUAUUCACUUUUACAAUUUCUUGAAAACAAUUUAGAAAUUACAAAAAUAGAAUUACCAUUAAAUAGAACAAUAUGUAAUACUCCAGAUAACCACGUAUAUAUUGAAACCUUGACAAUACACGUUGAACGUGAUGAAAAUUCCAUUAUUCGUGAUAACGAUAAUUCAACAACAGAACAUCUUGCGGAAGAUCUUGAAGACUACGAAGAAACCGAUGACGGGGAUUUUUUUCUAGAUUUCAUUAUUUCACUUGAUUCACAAUGUCAAAAGAAUGAUACUAUAAUUUUAGAUAAUCUUAGUGACGGCAAGCAAAAGUAUAUAGUAAUGUAUUCUGACGAAUCUUCAUCUGAGGAAGAUUAAGCAACGUCACAUUUACACAAGUAUAUAAAAAAUAUUUGAUUUCUAUGAAAAUCAGUAUUCGUUUCAAUUUGUUCAAUUUAUAUAAUGUUGAUAUAUAAAAAAAAUCUAAUCAUUACUUUCAAUUAAUAGAUCUGUAUGUUAUUUGUUGCAUAAUUUCGUUUGUAGUGAGUACGUGAGUUAGUUAUUAUAGUUAUACAGGUUUACACGGAUUGUAAGAUAGUGGUUUGUAUAAGUCAACAACAUGUAUAUUAAAAGGAUCUGCAAUAAAGAAACCGAAAACGAAAUUGACUUGACAUAAAUAUAGAGAUCCCUAAAGAUAAAAUCAUAUAAAAGCUUUGUUCUCCAAUUAAAAGUGUUCAGUUAAUUUUUAACUGUUACUCAUAUUUAACAUUACAAAAUAAUGAUGCGCCGAUAUUCCUAUUUAAUCGAUAAGCCAAAAUCAAGACUAUGAACGUCACGUUUCCGUCAAUCGCUAGGAAACAAAGUGCGUAGUAUAAAAUAAGAAAGAUAAGCUAGAUUAUAUCUAUUACAUUAUGAAGUUUCGGAAAAAAAUAUCAUUUUCUAUCAUAGUGUUUAUGAUAUUAUUGGAAUCACUUGUUUGCAGUUUUCCGCAUACAUUUUCAAGUAAUCCGUAUAUAAACGAAGACAGUUGGAAUGUAAUUCAAGAUUCAAUCUGUGAAACAUUGUGUUUUCAAGGUAGUAAUAAAUCCCCUAUUCAGUGCAAAUCUCACCUAAGAUGUUUUCCAAACAACAAUUUUGUAAAAGGUGUAGAAUAUAACUCGGGUGAAAAAGUUGAUAAUGAAUUUAUUAUUCCACCAGAAUUCUCUUCUGCAGCUAAUUAUCGUGAUCUGUGUAAUUUUCCCGAAGUUGAAUACCCACUGAGCGCGAAAGAAAUGUGGAAACCUAAUUACUGGAAUAUUUACCCGACAGAUUAUUCAAACAAAAAUAUCAAUACGGAAUGUGCAAAUUCUAUGUUUAGCGAUCAUUUUUCAAAGAUCAAGUCUAUGCAAAAAUUUGACACAAAAUAUAAACCAGGGAAACUUACAACAAAAUCGCUUAGCGAUUCAAGAAAAAAUAUAGCUUCAUUGAAAACUAAAGGGCUCAACGAUUUAAAAAAUGAUACUUCUCACAAUAAUGCCACACGUAAUCUAAGUAAUAAUACAAAUAUUCCUUUAGAUAAUUCAAAACUGUGUAACUUUUAUACAACAGUUUCUCCUUUUAUGCCAUAUUCUGAGAAAAAUAUAUCGACAAGCGAGGUUAAUCUCAAUGUUUGUCUUAAAGAUAAAAAUGUCUUAGAACAUAGAAAUUCCCUUAACGUUGAUAAUACAUCAUAUUUAACAUCGCAACCUGAACUAUUAUUGGAAUAUUCUGAAACAUUUAAGAAGGAAAUUGAAGCGAUAUUAAGAACAAUGGCUGAUAAUAUAAUUUCAAAAAAUAUAGAAUCUAAUAAAAAUAAAAGUUCUCGAAAAGAGGUUUUAAAUGACAAUUGGGAAUUAAAUUUAACACAUAUCAAUAAUAUAACAGACAAAUUCGAUAAGGAGAUGACUUCAAAAAUAAAAUCAGUCGCUGAUAGUAUUAUGAAUACAAUUGAUUUGACAGAAAAUAGUUGUCAAAAAUUAAACAAUGAUAAGAAUCCUUUGAAACCCGACAUUUUGUGUGAAGAAAAAAUAACAUCGGUCACGCAAGCUCCAAAACAUACAGAUGUUUGUACAGAUACAAAAAUGAAUGACUCCAAAAUGGAUACCAAAGAAACAACUUGCAAAGAAUCUGAUAUUGUUAAGAACAAUAGUAAUACCUGCCCCUCAUUUAAUAGUUUAUCGUCGAGAACUGUUCCUGAAAAUAAUGUAACUUGUAAGAAAGAAACCCUAGACUUCUGUAAAAGUGAGGCAAAUAUUAUUAAUGAAAUGGAUAAGGAUGAUGAAAUAAUAGUACCCACACAUAAUACCGAUACAGAAAAUAUGCAAAGUGUUUCAGGUAACAGUGAUCAAGAAAUAUCUUUAGAAGAGGAUUUUACAACAGACAGCUAUCCAGAAAAUAACGAUUGGUAUUACGCUUUAAGUACAGUUGCUCCGCAACCAUCAAACGUUGAUAUGUGGCGAGAUACCAAUGUUAUAGAACCUGACAAAAGCUUGGCAUACCCUGACGAACUAGAACAAUAUUUUAUCUUAAGUUCUGACUAAUAUUAUGGAUUUAUUAUAUUAAUAUGUAUGUACAUAAAAAAUAAUUUAUUACAAUAUAGAUAAUAAGACUCUAAACGGUUAUUCCAAAGAUUAAACAUUGAUUUUGAAAAGGUUGUUUUUUUUUUUAAUUAUA